AUGAUGCCAGAUUUUAGUUUUUCCUCUUUAUUUUAUGGCGGUGAUUCUCAAAAUCAGUUCUUAAAAGCUCCUGCUGGUCAGGAUAAUGAAAAUCGUGUGGAUAGAGACGGAUAUGAGGACUGUACAUCUGCUUAUUUCAAUGCAGUUCAUUCAUUAAAAGAAGAGGAACUUAUUUGUCAUCCCAGUUUUACCUUACUAGAUUCAAUUAGUGCGUUCGAGAUCAUGGAUCCGAAAAUGGAUAGUGGAAUCAAUUACUCUGAAACGAACGUUGAUAUUGCUAAAGCUCUAAAUCCUGUUGAGAUUCUUACAAUAAUGGAUGGUAUCUUUACAGCUGAGAGUGAUUGGCAUUAUGGUAUUCCUAUGUCAGAGAGUAUUUUUUGCAGUAAACAUGUUUUUGAUGUCUGUAAAACUCCUAUUUCCAGAGUUAAGGACAUGGGAUUUUCUAGGAAAAAGUUGGAUACACUGACGGAUUUAGUUCUUUUUCCAUACGUCCUGGGAGUUAUUAAAAGUUGUGAUUAUGUACGUAAGGAGUUCUUGACUGGCAAUAUGUAUGACGAGGAAGAUAUGAGCUCCUUUUCCUAUCAAUUAUCCCUUCUAGAAACUUAUCCCAUGGAAAAAAUUUAUGAUCUUUUGUCCGAAGGCAUUCAAUACCUCGAUAACGAAACCAAGAAGGACUCUAGUACUCGUGCAUUAUUAGUGGGUAUUAGGACGCGGCUACAGUUGCGCGUGUCAAUUUUACGUGUUUAUGAGAGAAAUUCUAUUAAAGAUUUAAACGAAAGUUUAGAAAGUAUUAGUCACUGCGUUCCAGAGUUACUGAAUGAAUUACAACUGGUUGAGGAAACUGCCCGGGAAAAUAUAAUGAAGCAAUACUGGGAUAGUCGAAUACAAGCGCAACUCAUUGUUACUGCUCCUCCUCGUCAUGUUCCUUCUUGUAAUUUAGAGGAUGCAUACGAACGAUUGCAGUACUUUGCUAAUGAUAUGAAAAUUGCCCUACGGACGCAAACACCAGCCUCACCUACUUCUAUCUUGUCAUUUUGCAUCGACACUACACGGCCAAGCAGAGUACCUGAACCAUAUGUUCGUUCCUCAUUACAGACCUUUCUUUUGUCUGGCGGUGGUGUCUGCAUGAUGUACAACCCUAUAACUUUUUUUCUCUCUUGCGUCCAUCAAUUCUCUAGCCUUCCUUCUUCCUUUUACAAUCCUGAGUCCAUGUCCUUAGUGUCCAGUCAAUUUAAUAUAGAAGUUCAAUCUGAGCUUGAAGGUUUUUUGAGUCAUUCUUCUGGUUUCCUACUAGAUUUUUUAAGGAUUGCUACACAUAACCCAUGCAGAUUCCGUCGAAAUUUAAUUAAUUUGCUCCCUGACUGCGUAAUAGGCCAAUUACAGGCGAAUAGUAUAGAUGGGAAGUUUAGUGAACUUGCUUCGCUGGACGAAGCCAUGAUUAGUAAAUUUUCUGAUUUUGCUCUUCAUCUAAAAUUCGUCAUCGUGGAGUUAAUUCUCACCACCUCUUUUGAGCAAGACAUUCACAAACCCCAUGAAUGGCCAUAUUUAUUUUCCUAUUUAGAUUCGGUCUUUGGAAAGCACUUAGUACAUCUUCGACAUGUUAUUAGCCGAGCGAAACCCGAGGCAUUUAAUUUUAAUUUUCUAAGCUACCUUAUAGACGAAUUGGAAGCAAAGAAGAGUGUUUAUUUCGGAUAUUUUCUUUUAUCACUUACAUUAUUAAAGUAUGGUGUUUUCUCCUAUCCUUCAGUUUUUAAGGAAGAGAAAGUAAUCUUAUCCAGUUUUAAAGCUCAUUUUAGACCGUUUGCACAUUUAAGCGAAAUGAAAUCGAUAUCCUUGUCUCAAUUACGCGAGAAUGUUGAAUACCAUCAAUCCUUACCUAAAGAAAGACUUUUAGAAGGAACACUACAAUCUUUUGAGGAAUCGAAAAAAACCUUACUUAAAGUACUAAAAUUACCGAUGGAAAGUAGUCAGCACGAACUAUCCUAUGAUUUACAGAAAAACUAUCUAAAAGAAUUAAUGUGCUGCUGUAUAGCAAAUAUUGUUACACUGCAAGAUUUUCAUGAAAGUUCGCGAAAGAAAGUGAAAUUUGAAAACACCUAUGGCAAAAGUCUGCCUAACUUAGUCAUGCAUUAG